GGAAAUGGCACCCAAGAACGGAGUUACAACCUGCAGUCCUUGCCCAGUGACCUCAGUUGCGGAAGUGGCUGAUGCUGAUGGCACGAGCAGACUGCGAGUCACUUGCAAAAGAACCCCCGUGGAUCCGGCGGAAUAUUUGGCGAAAAACGUGAUUCUCGCAACUGGAGCCGGAACUUCGUCCAUCAACAUAACCAACUCGAGAAACGAACCAGUACCCUUGCCGCAAGUAACGCCCCAACUCUGGGCUCAGCUUUAUUUCAGGAAAAAGCCGGAUGUUCCGUGUUCCACGAAUACCGGAUUCAUCGAGUGGGCGUGGCAGAACGGCGGAAAUCCGAUGUUGGCCUGGGGACGUCCUUCGAUCAACACUCAAACCGACUACGAUUUCUUGGAUGCUGAACUUGGAGCCAAGAGUUCUUUUGGCAGAUCAGUCACUCACUAG